GCCACCAUGUUGGUCCCCCCGGAUAUGAUGGCCGCUCAGACGCGCAUGAUUUAUCAAAUGAAUCGCUAUUGUGCUGAACGUGUACAGGCGCGAAUGUUCAAAACCGCCACCGCAAUUCGAGAAAUUUGUAAAAUUGUCCAGGACAUACUGAAGGAGGUGGAAUUACAGGAACCACGUUUUAUAUCCAGUUUGGUGGAAUGCAAUGGAAGAUUCGAAGGCGUCGAAGUUAUCUCACCCAAUGAAUUCGAAAUUGUGUUGUAUCUCAAUCAAAUGGGCGUCUUCAAUUUUGUCGAUGAUGGCACUUUGCCCGGUUGUGCAGUUCUCAAGCUAAGUGAUGGCCGGAAACGCUCCAUGUCGUUGUGGGUUGAAUUCAUCACCGCCUCGGGAUAUCUAUCAUCUAGGAAAAUUCGAGCUCGUUUCCAAACCCUUGUCGCACAGGCAUGUGAUAAAAGUAUUUAUCGAGAUAUGGUAAAAAUGAUUGGUGACACAACAGAGGUUAAGUUGCGUAUACGUGAACGAUUUAUUGUUCAAAUUACGCCGGCAUUUAAAUGUUCUGGUAUUUGGCCACGGUCGGCAGCGCAUUGGCCGCUGCCGCAUAUACCAUGGCCGCAUCCCAGUAUUGUGGCUGAGGUGAAGACGGAGGGAUUCGAUUUACUCUCCAAGGAAAGUGUCAUAUUUCAAAAUAAGAAUAAUAACGCAGCCAGUAUGGAGGGUGAUGCAUGGGUGUUGAGCUUCUUCGAAGCGGAAAAUCGUCUGUUACAAGGUGGCUGCCGCCGUCGUUGUUUGAGCAUCCUCAAGACUCUGCGUGAUCGUCAUUUAGAAUUGCCCGGCAACCCCAUAACCGCAUACCACUUGAAGACGUUGCUUCUCUACGAAUGUGAAAAACAUCCACGUGACUUUGAAUGGGAUGAACCGUGUAUUGCCGAUCGUAUUAAUGGUAUAUUUCUGCAGUUAAUAUCCUGUCUGCAAUAUCGAAGAUGUCCCCAUUAUUUCCUACCUACAUUGGAUUUGUUUAAGGGUAAAUCGCCGAGUGCUUUGGAACAGGCCGCCAAGCAGGUGUGGCGUCUGACAAGGGAAAUGCUGACAAAUGCCAAUGCCUUUGAAAAAUUGUAA